ACCUAACCCUAAAAUCGGUCGCCAGCACCAGUUCGUUUUUCCGUUCGUUACAGCGUCCUCUCUCCCCCUCUCACUUAGCGCACCCUUCGUGUAUUCCCUGGCGCGCCGUCCCCGUAUUUCGUUCCCGCGCGAAACUAGGCCAACACUAGCGCCAGGAGAGCCCCCACCUCCUCCACACCCAUGGCCACAGGUAGCAAGGCUGGCACAGGGUCCGCGGAGGCAUCUCUGAUGUCCUCCGCGCGAUCACCGCCCGUAUGGAGCAGUAUCCGGAUGCCGACGGGCCCCACUUCUUGUUCACGGCGGUGCCGACGCUGUUCUUAGCGCCAGCUACUCCACCAGAGCGGGGCCACACAGCUUCCAUCGCGGCUCGCGUCGCGCGCUUCUUCCGAGGUGAGUGGGACUCUCUCUUCUCCGACGCGCUGCGUCGUCGCACGCCCCUGCCCACCCGCACAUCACGUCGCACCCCCGUCACCACCACGUCGGGAGACGAGCGUCGGAUUGCGCGUUGCCUGCGCUUGGCAGCGUGCAACGAGACAUCUCGGGGUGACGUCCAGCUCUGGUCGUACGCCGACGACACCUACCUCGUGGGCCCUCCGGACAGGGUGCUGCACCACUUCACGGGGGUCGUGAGGCGCUUGGGCGGGUUGGGCCUUGCUGUCCAGCCGCACAAGUGCCUUGUCCAUCACACGUCGGUGAUCCUGCCUCGCGACGUGCAGGCUUUCACCGAUCUGGGCAUCGAGGUCGCACGCCGGGGGCUCACCGUGACGGGCGUCCCGGUUGGCACCGAGACCUUUGUGACGACCAGCCUGCGGGACCGACUGGAGAGGAUGGCCGGGGUGCUGCCGUGGCUCCCGAGGCUGCGGCAGCCACAGACAGCGGCGCGCCUGCUCUCCGCGUGUGUCAGCACACGUCCGCAGUACUUGGCGCGGACAGUCCCCCCAUCACCAGAGGUACGUGCCAUCUUUGCAGCGUGGGACGCGCGCUUGGGAGCGACCUUCCAGCAGCUCCUGGUGCGAGGGUCCAGGUGCGGGAGCUUGGCUUACGGCGGUACCCUACGCGGACUCCCUGCGCAUUCCGGAGGCGCAGUGGCAGGUGGCUUCAUGCUUUCGUCUCGGUCUCCCCAUUCCCCAGUUAGUCCUGGCAGGGCGCCGCGAGAUGCUUUGAUGGUGAUUGUAGACGUCUCGGUGGCAGACCCACAGCGGGAGGGGAAUGCGCAGUUCAGGCGGAUGGCACCCACUCAGAUUGGCGGCGCAGCAGCUAGGCGGGUGCAGGACAAGCUGCGACACUGGAGGCCGGUGUUACAGGGGUUGCAGCCGGAUCCAGAGUUUUACGCCUGCGUAGUGGAGACUUUUGGGUGCCUGAGUCCCAGGAUGUCCCUUUGAUAUAGUCACACCCCCCCUCCCCUCUUCCCCUCUUCUCUUUCUCUCCUCUAUCUCGCUCUCUUCUCCCCCACUCUUUCUGCUACCUUCUUCCUUCCACUAUCUUCUCUUUCUUUCCUUCUCUAUCUCUUCUCUCUCUCUUUUUUUCUUCUAUACCUCUAAACGCUACUAUGU